AUGGGACUCAAAGAAUCUGGUGAGGGCGUUACUGACGUCGUCACAAUUGUCGAACUUCUCACACUGGUAAUGUUUCUGUUACCGCAAAAAAAUGGUACAAACUUCGGAUAUGGCAACGGCACUGUGAAAAGUAGGCAAUUUCGGUUGCCUCCUCUGUUUUUCAAAAUCGCCAUAGAAACGCCGGAUCAUGAGAAGAUGAUGGCUGAUUGGAAUAAACGUUUUCCGUACAUAAACACGAGCAAACUGUCAAUGGCAGACACUAUUGUAAUCACUUAUAGUGAAGCAGAAAAAGCUGCUGCAGUGUUUGCGACCAGCAACGUGAGAAGAAGGUCAAUUGAAGACAAUUUGUUUCACUACUACUUGGGAGAUGCUGCUAUUCCGGGAGCAGUUCUCGAGCUGGUUUUUCCAAAAUCUGAAACGUCUCACACGCUUUCGUUCUUGUCAGCAUUCAUCAUAAAGGUCGUUUACGAGGCAUUCAAAUUCGUUCAACCACAAAAUAAGGUAGUUGCGUUGACUUUAAUGUCGUUGAAUGCUCAACAUAUUGCCUUGCAAAUGCUCAGAACAACCCGUGAAUGGUCGGGUGAUCCGAAGACAGAGUAUAACUUUACUUCUAAGGAUCCUUCACUUCUGGACAUGUGGGAAGAAGCUUCACAUCAAGUGAUCUAUCAAUCAUUUGACAGAGCGCCACCAAACAUUACAAGGGUGGGAAUAAUUCCAAAAUGCUAA